AUGACUAAAUCAAAGAAUACAACAUCCCCUAAAUUUAAAUGGUGUUGUCAUGGAGGAAAGGUUAAACUACCAAUGAUUGAUGACCCCCCACUAAUACUUCAAAAUCUCUUAUUUGAUAGUACAACAGUUGAUGGUAAGAAUUAUCAACUAAACACAAGGACCUAUAAUACAAUGUUCUCCCUUGCUUCACCUAGUAUGAAAUUUGAUAGCAAGUUCACCAAGGGAUGUGGUCCUCCAACCUUAAGACUUCAUGGACAGGCUUGCCAUAGAAUCAAGACGAUGCUGCCAGAGAUAGGUCAACCACCAAAAUAUGCACAGUUGUAUAUUUUCGACACCGACGAUGAAAUUGAUAACCGCAUGGAAUGUUUUAGAGAUAACAACAUAUUGACAGGAGAAUAG